UCGGUCCGCCCCUCGUCGCGUUCCUCCCGGGCCAGGCCUGCCUUCGGGCGCUGAGGGGCGACGCGGAGUACGUGCUCGAGCUGCAGAGGGCGAUCGGCUUCCUUCCGCCGCGUACAGGCGCCCCGGGGGCCGCCGCGCGUCGCAGACACAGAGCCGCCGCACACCCGCAGCUGAACCCGACGGGCGCGAACGCCGCGGGCGGCUGGGAGCCGCGCGCGGCGGCGGCGGGCAUCCGCCGGCUGGCCGCGGCGCUGCCCGACACGGAGCUCAUCCUGCAGGUCAACGACGAGACCCGCGAGCUUUUCCGCCUGCUGUUCGAGGGGUGCGGUGAGGGCGAUAUCAGGCCCUCUAACCUUGCGGCGCUCCUGGACGCCUCCUGCGGCAGGGGCGUGGCACCGGAGGUGCAGUCGCUGCCCGUGGCCGGCGCGCACUGCGGCUACGCAGGGGGCAUGGGCCCCGAGACCAUCGACCGGCAGCUGCGUGAGAUCGCAGUCGUGCUCGAAGGCCACCCGGACACGGUCUGGAUCGACAUGGAGUCUGGCGUUCGAACACGGGGCGCCGACGGCAGCGACGUGUUCGACCUCGCGAAGGUCCGGCAGG